GUUUUGUAACUGUUUUACUAAGGGUAUUACAUUAAGUUGUGCCCAAAAAGCUUCUUCAUGACUAUCGGCCCGGUAGGAUGUCUUCGUCUUGACAUUCAACGACAAUCUCAUUUAUUGAUUGUUUGUGGACAAAACUUCAACAUUUCAAAUCUCGGGACUCAUCAUCAGGACGGUCUUUUAGGAACCCACGAUGUCUUCAAAGAGGGCAGAUUGACCGAUCAUCGUGGAUAAAGUUUCAACGUUUCGUUGCUGGUGAGGAAAGCAUUUUCAGGACUGUAGCAAGAAUGUCUUCGUUUCUGAUAAAGGAUAUACUGGCUCGCACGUUCUCACCGUCAACUACCGACCCCGAUCACAGAAUUGCGAUGAAAAAUGAAAAGCUACAUAUAAGUAAAGAAGAUGACGCAGACGAUAUAUUUUGCGGGAGAGACUCAGACACUGAAAGAGACAUGAAUACCAACAAUAUCAACAACGAUGGUGGGCCGUCAAACGGCUCAAAGGUCAAGAAACCACGACGACGGCGGACAGCGUUCACACAUGCGCAGCUACAGUUUUUGGAACGGAAAUUCCGGUGUCAGAAGUACCUCUCGGUAGCAGACCGUGCUGAUGUAGCAGAGGGUUUGAAUUUGACGGAGACACAAGUGAAAACUUGGUAUCAAAAUAGACGAACAAAAUGGAAGCGACAGACGACAGCGUCAAUGCGAGCCGAGCAGCUGCGCAACCACAUUUGUGACGAGAAAGACUGUCCCGGCGCCAAGAGACUCUCGGCCGAGGCUUCCUCCUACUGCAGUCGGUGCAUGAUCGGCGUCGGGAGCACCUCCCCAUCACCUCUCAUACCGAGAGUAUAUCUCAGGCAUAUGCAGAUGCAUGUGAGAGGCUGUCCUCUAUAAACUGAACUUUUCAAAAAGGAGUAUCGUAGAACCUUGCUUUGCGCGAAGUGGACGCCUUUGAUUGUUACGUGCGCGGACCCUUUUGGGCCCCUGAUGUUGUUCAUUCUCUGCCCAUCAUGCCAGGUGCCUUCGUGUACUCGCCACUCUCGUUUGCUAUUCACCUAUUUGUUGUUGAUUUGACAUUUGAGCAGCCUUCUGACGUCUGCUCGAUAUUUUUUCCCGCCACCGAUACAAUAGAGGUAGAAAUUGAUGGCAUAAUUCCAAUGCCAGAUUUCAAGGAAUAUGUAAGUUUCUAAAAAAUAACGAACUUCCCAGUAUUUGAUGUGCAUUUUGUAAAUAUCCUGUAUUACCGGGAUUGACGUAAUAAGUGUAUGAAGUCGAUACGGAACUGACGUCACGAUAAAAGCUAAACAAACGAGGAUCAACAUCCGGGUCAGAUGCCGCGUUUCCUUCCCUUGAAUCUUUGCGACAUCUUCCGACACGCCCAUUUUCGUCCGUCUGCUGGAGGCUGACCGAAGGGUCACGAUGAUCCAUAGGUUGCAGAAGACGAUAAUGACAAAAGGGGCGACGCUACCGAAGACGAGAUGGUACAUGUGGACAAGGGUCUCUAAUUCUGGAUAUCCAGGAAUUACUGGGUCUAGAUAUAAAACCCUUUCUGAAAUUAUAUUCCAUAACAUUUGAAUGACGA